CAUCGUGAGCAAGUGGUCAAGAGCUCUGCUUUUUUAACUUCAAAUAUUUGUCCUUGCGUCUGCCAUUUAGAAAAAGGAUCCUCCACCUGCAGAGUGCGGCCAGCCUGCACAGACAAAGAUUACUUCUACACUCACACGGCCUGUGAUGCCAGUGGAGAGACACAGCUCAUGUACAAAUGGGCCCAGCCGAAAAUCUGCAGUGAGGAUCUGGAGGGGGCAGUGAAGCUGCCCGCCUCUGGCAUGAAGACCCGCUGCCCACCCUGCAACCCUGGUUUCUUCAAGACCAACAGCAGCACCUGCGAGCCCUGCCCUUAUGGCUCUUAUUCCAAUGGCUCCGAUUGUAGCCACUGCCCAGCGGGGACCGAACCUGCCGUGGGAUUCGAAUACAAAUGGUGGAACACGCUGCCCACGAACAUGGAAACGACCGUCCUCAGUGGGAUCAACUUUGAGUACAAGGGCAUGACAGGCUGGGAGGUGGCUGGUGAUCACAUUUAUACAGCUGUUGGAGCCUCAGACAAUGACUUCAUGAUUCUCACCCUGGUUGUGCCAGGAUUUAGACCUCCACAGUCAGUGAUGGCAGACACAGAGAAUAAAGAGGUGGCCAGGAUCACGUUUGUCUUUGAGACCAUCUGUUCUGCAAACUGCGAGCUCUACUUCAUGGUGGGUAUGAAUUCUAGGACCAACAGUCCCGUGGAGACGUGGAGAGGUUCCAAAGGCAAACAGUCCUAUACCUACAUCAUUGAGGAGAACGCUACCAUGAGCUUCACCUGGGCCUUCCAGAGAACCACUUUUCAUGAGACAGGAAGAAAGUACACCAAUGACGUCGCCAAGAUCUACUCCAUCAAUGUCACCAAUGUCAUGGAUGGCGUGGCUUCCUACUGCCGUCCUUGUGCCCUGGAAGCCUCUGACAUAGGCUCCUCCUGCACCUCUUGUCCUGCUGGCUACUAUAUUGAUCGGGAUUCAGGAACCUGCCGCUCCUGCCCCCCUAACACAAUCCUGAAAGCCCACCAGCCUUAUGGCGCCCAGGCCUGCAUGACCUGUGGUCCAGGAACCAAGAGCAACAAGAUUCACUCCCUGUGCUACAAUGACUGUACCUUCUCAGUCAGCACUCCGACCAGGACUUUUGACUACAACUUCUUGGCUUUGGAAAACACCGUCUCUCUGGCUGGAGGGCCAAGCUUCACUUCCAAAGGGCUGAAAUAUUUCCACCACUUUACCCUCAGUCUCUGCGGAAACCAGGGUAAGAAAAUGUCCGUGUGCACCGACAAUGUCACUGACCUCCGGAUUCCUGAGGGUGAGUCAGGUUUCUCCAAAUCCAUCACAGCCUACGUGUGCCAGGCGGUCAUCAUUCCCCCGGAGGUGACAGGCUACAAGGCCGGAGUGUCCUCGCAGCCUGUUAGCCUCGCAGAUCGGCUUAUCGGGGUGACAACAGAUAUGACUCUGGACGGAAUCACCUCCCCAGCUGAACUUUUCCACCCGGAGCCCUUGGGAAUACCGGACGUGAUCUUCUUUUAUAGGUCCAAUGAUGUGACCCAGUCCUGCAGUUCUGGGAGAUCAACCACCAUCCGCGUCAGAUGCAGUCUGCUGAAACCUGCUCCUGGAAGUCUGUCGCUGCCAAGCACGUGCUCCGAUGGGACCUGCGAUGGCUGUAACUUCCACUUCCUGUGGGAGAGCAGGGCCGCUUGCCCACUCUGCUCGGCUGCUGACUACCACGCUAUCGUCAGCAGCUGCGUAGCCGGGAUCCAGAAGACUACUUUUGUGUGGCGAGAACCAAAGCUGUGCUCGAGUGGCAUCUCCCUGCCUGAGCAGAGAGUCACCAUCUGCAAAACGAUAGACUUCUGGCUGAAAGUGGGCAUCUCUGCAGGCACCUGCACUGCCAUCCUGCUCACCGUCUUGACCUGUUACUUUUGGAAAAAGAAUCAAAAGCUAGAGUACAAAUACUCCAAGCUGGUGAUGAAUGCUACCCUCAAGGACUGUGACCUGCCAGCAGCCGACAGCUGUGCCAUCAUGGAAGGCGAGGAUGUGGAGGAUGACCUCAUCUUUACCAGCAAGAAGUCACUCUUUGGGAAGAUCAGAUCAUUCACCUCCAAGAGGACUCCUGAUGGAUUUGACUCGGUGCCACUGAAGACAUCCUCAGGAGGCCCAGACAUGGACCUGUGAGGGGUGCUGCCCUGCCUCACCUGCCUCCUCACCUGGGCACAUCACCUUGCAAGCCUGUGGCAAUGUGGGUGCCAGUUUCCUGCAACACCCACUGCUGUAAAUCUCUUCGUUGUGGCCUUAUCAGAAGAAGUUUGAAUUUCAGAUCUUUGUUUUUUUAUAGAGUACCCAAACCCUCCUUUCUGCUUGCCUCAAACUUGCCAAAUAUACCCACACUUUUGUUUAUAUAUUACUCCCUCGCUUGCAUCUUGUUUCCCAAAAUGGACCAGCCAUCAGAGCCAUAGCUUCAUCUGCUCAUAUUUCUUAUAGCUCUGGAACAAAAGUGUUUCUCUUUUUAAGUAUAGAAACUCCUUCCCCCGUCCUCUUACUUAAGGGCACAAGCAGCUGGGAGUCACCCUGAUCAUAUGCCCUCAGCUCAUGUUCUCUUUAGGAGAGAGGCUGGGUGAGGAGGGUACUGGCAUCCCCUGAUGAACCAUCUUCAUGGUUGCCUGGAUUCACCUCUCCUGGAUAACCAACUCAAACUGGUAUAGUGGAUAGGCUGAGGGCCAGAUGAGUAAGCCCUGGGUAAGAAGGGGCUUGAUAAGCACAAAGAGGCAAUAAAGGAAGGUUUUAUUUUGUUUUUUAAACUGGGUACUUCAUUCCCUUUUCUUGAGUAGGCUAUAACUAUUCUCACUGGAGUCAAAGGAAAAAGUUCAUUGAGAAAAUAGGGAAAGCCCUGAUGGAUCUAUU